GACGAGGCCGAUCACUACCGGAUCAGCCGCGCACGAUGUAAACGACGCAUGCGCGCAGUGAGAGACAGUGACGUCACUUGAACAGCUGAGCGACCUGUGUUCUGUUUCAAAACAGUCCUGUGUGACAGUGAAUUUAAAACAAAACAGAUUUUACGUGCACAAAAAUGUUAAAGCGGUUUUGUAUUAUAAGUAUAAAAAAAGACACAUACACUCGUACAUUUUACUUUUAUUAGCCCCCUUUUAUAAUAAAAUAUCACUUUGUUGUUAGUAAAAGUGUAAUAUACCCCUUGACUACGUAUUUAUAUUUUUUUUUUUUCAAAAAUGUGUUAUUUGUAACGUGAUUAAUAACUAAUUAUUUACUAGUAACGUUCAGAAUGACCCAGCACACACCCUAUGAACGAUAAAUAAAGAACUUUCGAUAGCAAGCAGCUAAACCGGUGGCUCUUGUUGUCAUGGUAACCACCCUGCAAUGGCAACAAACAUGGCGUCCCUGCUGCCCGAGUUACUGUUUGAAACCAGUGGUCAGGCCCCUGCUCCUUCUAAAGAUUUCUUUCAGCUCGAUGUAACAAAAACACAGGUAAUAUGGAGGUGGUGGAAGAUUUCUCUGCAUGUUAAGUUGCAAAGCACGUUGCCCGGAGAAAUGAAACAGAGUCAUAAGGAGUUUUUAAAUGAUGAGAGACUACAGAAACAAGUUGGUAUGGUGCUUGGGUCACAGCUCCUGGAGUACACACUUGGCCUCUGUGAAGGGAGGUUUGAUUAUCUGGAGCGUUUGCCUGAUAAGCUGCUGCUGCGUUUUCUUUCCUAUAUGAGCUACCAGGAUAUCUGCCACCUCAGACAGACCUCACGCCGUUUCAGGAAGCUGUGUGACUCUAAUGAAUUCUGGGAGCAGGAAGUGCGGCGUUGCGGUGAUGAUAUCACACCCGAAAUAGAGAUGCUGGCCAAGAAGUUUGGCUGGAGGAGGAUCUACAUCACUUUCUAUCAUAGUAAAGCCCAACUUGGGAGCGAGAAAGACAUACCCAUGGGCAUGGGUGAAGAUGAGGGCAAAGAUGAACCACAUGAAUCCCUUUAAACAUGGCUCCUAGAAGCAUUAUGUAAAUCUCUGUGAUAAUUGCUUGUAUUUUCUCAUUUGUAAGUCGCUUUGGAUAAAAGCGUCUGCUAAAUGAAUAAAUGUAAAUGUAAAUUUA